AUGUUGCUUCCUAACCUUGUCGACAGUGGAGCCACCAACGAAAUUUGUGAAGCAGCACUAAAGGCCGAGUCUAACUUUGUUUCGGGAGGUAGCGUAUUGAAACUGGAAGUACAGAUACUUCGGCGGCUUUCCAAUAAACCGUACGUUGCUCAGCUGAUACAUUCUGGUAAACGGGAAUCGUACAGCUACGUUGUCAUGACGCUAUUGGGAGAGAGUUUGCGACAUAUAACGAAGCGACUUGGCAAAAUUUUUAGCGUUUCUACUCAAGUAAGAAUUGGUAUAAAUGUUCUGUUCGGAUUGAAGCAGAUUCAUGAUAUCGGAUUCAUACACAGAGAUAUAAAACCUGCAAAUAUGGCUAUUGGACGAGUUGGAUCACCAGAAUACAGAUUUAUUCAUAUUUUGGAUUUUGGGUUGGCACGAGAGUUCGUUGUACAUUGCGAUGGAAAAUUGAGAAUGAGACGACCACGUCAGAGAGCCCUCUUUAGGGGAACUACGAGGUACUGCUCCAUUGCCACGCAUGAAAAAGCCGAACAGGGCAGAAUGGAUGACUUAUGGUGCUUGCUUUACAUGUUGGCAGAACUUCGUGGCCCGCUACCGUGGGCAAACGCUAGCGACAAGAGGGAAGUGUACGAAAUAAAGCGUCGAACAGAGAUUGAUGUGGUCCUGGAAAACUGCCCAGUUCAAUUAAUCAAAUUCGCAGAACAUCUAAGCACUUUGAAUUAUUACAUGCGUCCUGAUUACUUGCUGCUUUAUGAACUGUUGGUUGACGUCAUGAGGGCAGGAAGGUUCAGUACAGAAGGUAUAAAACCGUCGCAAUCGAUCAGUGCCGUUGCCCCAGUAAAGUCGAGGAAAUCGGAAACUAUGAUUUAUCAAUUGAUAGACGAGAACAAUCCGUUUCCUCAAGAAUUUUUCGCUAGAAAUGCGCUGGGAUUCUGA